CAGAGGCGUGAGAGAGACUCACAGGCUGGGUUUGGUCGCAUGUGUGCAAGAGAGAGCAGCAGGGAGAAAGAUACAAACAGGAGCAGCAAAGAGCAGAGCGGGUGUGAGGGGCACUCAGCGGCCGUGUCCACCUCCUGGCCCUAGGAUGGAGCUUCCUGCCGGCGGGCGUGCGUAGCGGUCAAAGAUGGCAGCAGACAUGUGGAUCUUCUUCGUGAUCGCUGGAUUGCUGACGGCAGCCAUCUCAGGUCACCCGUCUCCAGCUCCAUCUGGCCAGCACCACACCAGCAGUGCAGACAGCCAGACCUCAGAGCCAGGGGAGUCGCUCGGGGUCCGCCUGGUGAACGGGAGCAGCCGCUGCAGCGGGACGGUGGAGGUCCUGCUCGGGACGGCCUGGGAGCCCGCGUGCGGGGCGCCCUGGGACCGCCGCGCCGCCGAGGCCGUGUGCCGCGCGCUGGGCUGCGGCCGGGCGGGGGAGGCCGUGCAGCCCGCGCCGCCCACCCCAGAGCUGCCGCCCGGUCCGGCCGCCGGCAACGCCAGCGGGGUCCCGAACGCCACGCGGGCCCGGGCGCCCGCCGUCCUGUGCAACGACACGGAGUGGCGGCUCUGCGAGGUGGUGGAAGACGCGUGCAGCAGCGACGGGAUGCCGGCCCAGGUCACCUGUGCAGAGAACCUCACGCUGCGGUUGGUGGACGGUGGCAGCCCGUGUGCUGGCCGCGUGGAGAUGCUGGAGGACGGCCAGUGGGGUUCCGUGUGCGACGACACGUGGGACCUGGAGGAUGCCCACGUGGUGUGCCGGCAGCUAAAGUGCGGCUGGGCCAUCCAGGCCCUGCCUGGCCUGCACUUCGCCCCUGGCCAAGGACCCAUCCACCGGGACCAGGUGAACUGCUCCGGGGACGAGGCCAACCUGCAGGACUGCCUGGGGCAGCCGGGAGACGGCUACUGCGGCCACAAGGAGGACGCCGGCGUGGUGUGCUCAGAGCACCAGUCCUGGCGCCUGACGGGGGGUGCUGACCCCUGCGAGGGGCAGGUGGAGGUACACUUCCGCGGGGUCUGGAGCACGGUGUGCAACAGUGAGUGGUACCCACCGGAGGCCACAGUGCUCUGCCGGUCCUUGGGCUGUGGGACCAUGGCCAGAGUGCUCAAGGGGCUGCCCCACUCCCUGUCCGGCAGGAUGUACUACUCGUGCGAGGGAGAGGAGCCCGCCCUCUCCGACUGUGUCUGGCGGUUCAACAACUCCUUCCUCUGCAGCCAGUCGCAGGCAGCCAGGGUCCUCUGCUCAGGUUCCCGGAGUUUGCUCAAUCUGUCCACUUCUGAGGUCCCUGCAAGUGUCCAGCCGCUCACUGUAGAAUCUUCUUUGACGGUGAAUACAGAGGACUGGGUAUCUCGGGAGUUCAUGCUCCUCAUUCUCUGCAUCAUUCUGGGAAUUCUCCUCCUUGGCUCACUCAUCACCAUAGCCUUCAUCCUCUUGAGAGUUAAAGGAAAAUACGCCCUCCCCGCUAUGGUGAACCAUGAGCACGUACCCACCACCACCACAGCAGGGAUCAAUAGCUAUCAAGAUGUCCCCACCAUCAUCCCCAAAGAAGUUCCCAAUCUGCCUGUCCAGGUCCAGAACCCGCCCCCUGAGGACUCGGACUCCAGCUUGGACUCAGACUAUGAACCCUAUGACUUCAGCGCCCAGCCUCCCGUGGCCCUGACUACCUUCUACAAUUCCCAGCGGCACCGGCUCACAGAUGAGGAGGUCCAGCAGAGCAGGUUCCAGAUGCCCCCCUUGGAGGAAGGACUUGAAGAGAUGCAUGCCUCUCAGGUGCCCCCUGCCAACCCUGGACACUGCAUGGCAGACCCCCCCUCCCUGGGCCCUCAGCACCACCCGAGGACUAACAGUGGGUCCAGCACAUCCUCCGGGGAAGACUACUGCAAUAGCCCCAGCAGCAGGCUACCUCUAUGGAACCCUCAGGCUUUUUCUUCAGAGAAGAGCCCCUUCCUAGAGCCGCCCCCGAACUUGGAGCUGGCCGGCUCCCAGACAACUUUUUCUGCAGGGCCCUCGGCUGAUGACAGCUCCAGCACCUCAUCCGGGGAGUGGUACCAGAACUUCCAGCCGCCGCCCCCGCCCCCUCCUCAGGAGCAGUUGGAGUGCCCAGGAUCCCCCAGUGCCCAGUCUGAAUCCACCAACAAUGAAGACUACGAUGACAUCAGCUCAGCCUAGACCGGGCCCAGCGAGGCAGCGGGUAGCUCCCUCCCACUGGACUCCUGCUCCACCUACUCCCCUCUCCCACCCCGUCCAUCCUCUCAGAUGUCCCCCAGGGGGCUGAGAGGCCUCACCCGGAGAGACAAAAAGAAACUCCACACGCUAUACUGCUCGGCCUCCAUCCCUCAAAGAGAACUGCUGGCACAGCCCUGCCCCAGCCCCAAACAGCAGCCCCAGGGUGGAGGGUGCUGCCUGUGAUAGGUAGUGAGCUCUCUGUCUCAGGGAUGAACAAGCAAAGUCUGGGCCACUUCUUGGCAGGCUGCCUGGAGGAGUCACACUGGAUGACUCCUGAGGCCAUUCCGACUCUCAGGGGUCUGGGGCUUUGGUUCCCUGAGUCUCAGACAGCUCAGGGCCCAGAGGUACUGCGAGGGGCCCACAGGCCCUGUCCCAGUGCUACCUGGGAAGGCCCCAGGUGCAGAGGCUGUCAAUCUGACAGGUGGAUGCGGGGGUGGGAGUGGCAUGGCUGACCCCGGCUUUGCUCAAGUCGGUACUUGCACCUGGGCGGGGAGUCCAGCUGACAGUGGGAGGGACGGCUGCUCCUUCUACCACCAAGGGGCGGAGCCUGAGACCGGCCCUGCUUCUAGAGACCCUCGGAGCCCAGCAGGGGCGUAGCCCUGUUCUGCUGUGACUGUCCCCGGACCACAGAUCCUCAUUCUGAGCUUCCUACAAUUACAAAGAUUGUCCCAUCCAGCGCCCCCAUGACCCAGAGUGGGGGUCCAGUCCCUGUAGGGGCAGAAGCACAGACAUGUCUGCCAGGAGGGGCCCAGGGGCUGCACUCAGCCCUGAAUCCCCAUCUGUCUGCUUGGAUUGAUGGGCGCCUCCCGGCCGAGUGCACGAACAUGCCAUGUUGCACUGAGAGCUGGAAACGUGUCCAGGAAGCCUCCAGAGAGAGGCCCAGGGCUCAGGGCCAGCUUCUGGUGUCUUGUUCUGAGUAUCCCAAGAUUAAACUAAUUGCUGAAUGAAA